GAUUCGCCGGAUAAGAUUAACACUUCACUCGAGCAUGAGGGGAUUUGCAAGCCCGCAUAUUUCAUACAUACAUCUCAACGACAUCCAUCCCAGCGACUUAUUUGAUACAAAUAAAUCUAGACAAGAAGAUCCCUCGAUUUUCAGACUCCUCACUCGAUCAGUCUACGGUAAUCUUCUAGGCACUUCAUAACAUACCUGCUAAUGACGACGAAUACGUCCCACGCCGGAGGCAUGGCAACCUCGGAAUCAUUUCUCGAUUCCUUGUGGGAAAUGAUGGAAAAGACCACUGACUACAUAAAUACAAUACACAUACCCAUACUAGGAGAAUGGUCAUUCCGAUCGAUUUUCCAAAUUGUGUUGAUAUGGUAUCUUGUAAUCCGGCUAUCGACUCGAAGUACUCAGCUGGAGGAAUAUAGGAAACGGCUUGGGAAAGCCGAAGCGCAAAUUCAAAGGGAUGAGGAAUCCCGACAAGAAGUUGCAGAGAUGGCUUCAGAUCUCAAGGGGAUGCUGAAAGAGAAAUCGGGAUUGCUGGAGAAUAGUCAAGAGCUGGCUUCGAUUGUGGAAAAGGUGGAUGGGAUUUCCAUGGCCACGGCUACUGCGCAACAAACAAAUCCUUCUAAAUCGAUAUCUGCUCCAUCCGGCCCAGAAAUGACUAUUAGUCAACUCUACAUCUACCCCAUCAAAUCUCUCCGAGGAUGUUCACUCCCCUCGGCCACUCUAACCAAAGAAGGAUUUUCCUACGAUCGCAAAUUCAUGCUGCUCCGCGUGCGCGACCCCAAUUCCAAAUGGGGUCCGUAUCAAAAUAUGCACGUUCCCGAGUUUCCAGAAAUGGCCUUAUUCCACACCUCCAUCACAGACUCCACUCUGCACGUAACCUACCACGCCCCCCCCUCCUCCUCCUCCUCCUCACCAACUCCUCCCCCUCCCCACCCCACUCUAACCAUCGACCUCUCCCCCACCACCCUCUCUCACCUCCCCAAAAUCUCAAUCACUAUGCACAAAAGCCCCAUCACAGCCUACGACAUGGGAGCCCCCUACAACAACUGGUUCACGCAAUAUUUCGGGUACCCCGUACUCCUCGCCUACGCAGGCGCCAACCGCCGUCUCGUACUCGGCAACAUCCCCGGAAAACCCGCAACCUACACCCCCCCUCUUCCUACUCCAACGCUCCUCCACAAAAUCCCGCUCCUCAAUUCCCUCCUCCCCACCCCCGCCCCCUCAUCCUCAUCCUCAUCAUCAUCCUCAUCCAUAAUCUUCAACGACUGCGCCCCCUACCUCAUCAUCACCCAAUCCUCCUGCGACGACGUGACCAGCCGCAUCCCCGCCCCAGGCCCCAAAAUGGACAUUACAAAAUUCCGCGCCAACAUCAUAAUCUCCGGUUCUCCGCACCCCUACGAUGAAGAUUACUGGGGCGGUCUAACCUUCUCCUCCUCCUCCUCCUCCUCCCCCAAAAAAGAAAUCCUCCUCACCGCCAACUGCGGACGCUGCGUCUCCCUAAACGUCGACCACGAAAAAGGCAUCGCCGCCCCCAAAGACCAAGAAGUCCUCAAACUGCUCAUGAAAGAUCGCCGCGUAGACCCAGGCAUGAAAUACAGUCCCAUAUUCGGGCGCUACGGAUUUCUCGGAAAUGGCAAUGCAGACGAAGGACAAAUACUGAGAGUUGGCGACGCAGUGCAAGUUUCGAGACGAAAUAAAGAGAGGACGAGAUUUUACUGGCCCGGUAUCUCCACCUAACACCUAACGAUCCUCUCAAAAUUUAUCAUCACACCUAGCUAUCUAUUCUGGAGAUAAGUAUUAAAUAGAAGAAGAUAAACCAGACAUUUAUUAGUAUCCA